CUAACGCUAGUCUCGUUACUCUUCACCCAGAUACAAAUGGCUUCCAGAUCAGAGAAGGAUCUCUGCUGUCCGGUCUGUCAUGAUGUCUUUAGAGAUCCUGUUCUUCUGUCAUGUAGCCACAGCUUCUGUAAAGACUGUCUGAAGAGCUGGUGGACCGAGAAACCAACACGGGAGUGCCCAGUUUGUAAGAAAAGAUCUUUGUAUGAACCGCCUUGUAACCUGGCGUUGAAGAACCUGUGUGAGAGUUUCUUACAGGAGAGAGAUCAGAGAGCUUCAGAGGCUCUCUGCAGUCUGCACUCUGAGAAACUCAAACUCUUCUGUCUGGACCAUCAGCAGCCAGUUUGUGUCGUCUGCAGAGAUUCAGAAAAACACACCAACCACAGAUUCAGACCCAUCGAUGAAGCUGCACGACAACACAAGAAGAAACUUCAGGAAACUCUGGAGCCCAGAGACGCAGAUUAAGGAUCAGUUUAAGAAGCUUCACCAGUUUCUAGAAGAGGAAGAGGAGGCCAGGAUGGCUGCACUGAGGGAGGAAGAGGAGCAGAAGAGUCAGAGGAUGAAGGAGAAGAUGGAGGCUCUGAGCAGACAGAUAGCAGCUCUUUCAGACACAGUCAGAGCCACAGAGGAUCAGCUGAGAGCUGAAGACGUCUCAUUCCUGAUCAACUACAAGGCUGCAGUGGGAAGAGUCCAGCAGAGCCCCCUGCUGGAGGAUCCACAGCUGCUCUCAGGAGCUCUGAUAGACGAGGCCAAACACCUGGGACACCUGAGCUUCAACAUCUGGAACAAGAUGAAGGACAUGGUCUCCUACACUCCUCUGGUUCUGGACCCAAACACUGCUUAUCCAAGACUCAUCCUGUCUGAAGAUCUGACCAGUGUGAGACUAGGAGGAGGGAAUCAGCAGCUUCCUGAUAAUCCAGAGAGGAUUGGUGGUCAUUACCCCAUUGUCCUGUGCUCUGAGGGCUUUAACUCAGGGACUCACAGCUGGGAUGUUGAGGUUGGAGACAGUAGUUUCUG